CGAUCUCACAUUCCAUCUUCUACCCUGAUGCCCUUGCUCCUCGAUCUCUGCUGCCUGUGGUAUUUUGCAUCUUCUCAAUAGCAAGCUGGCUCUGUGUGCUACCUCGGAUAAAGUGCACCGGGGACACCUUUAGUUCUACCAUCUCCUCUCCGCUUCCACAACGCCUCUGCUUGUCAGUGUGUAACAACCGUCCGUGGUUCUUAUCCAGUCAUUGGCACGAGAGUGGAUUUCUGAUGCCUCUCGUCUCCAGAAUCAAAGGAAACCCCGUCUAAAAGACCUGUUGUGGCCCGCCCUCUCCGCGUUUUAUUUCUACUCAGAUCUUGGCAUUCUGGCAACUGCCUGGCUAUACCAUUUCACGUUCUUAUCGUUAUCGACCGGUGGAAAGUCGUUAUCGUUGCAACUCGUACCGUCCUGCCCGAAUAGAAACAGCCUGCCAGGGUUCCACCGGGCUUAGCGCACCUGUGCCGGUUUUUCUAAUAUUUUCUUCGAUUUCUUUUUUUCUUCUUCAAUUUGCCCUGCUCCUGCUAGCAAGGCAUUUAUUUUAUCGGAGGACUAGGCAAUUGGGUGACUUCGCGUCAGAAUUUCAGCAAAAAUGGCGGGAAAAAUGAAGCUGUACAAGCUAGUGGUGUUGGGAGAUGGAGGUGUAGGCAAGACCGCCCUUACUAUUCAGCUGUGCUUAAACCAUUUCGUUGAGACAUACGAUCCUACCAUUGAAGAUUCUUAUCGCAAGCAAGUUGUUAUCGACCAACAGGCAUGCAUGCUGGAAGUGCUGGAUACUGCGGGACAGGAAGAAUACACUGCCUUGAGGGACCAGUGGAUUAGGGAUGGCGAGGGUUUUGUCCUGGUCUAUAGCAUUACGUCACGAUCUUCGUUCACCCGGAUACAAAAAUUUCACCAUCAGAUUCAACUUGUCAAAGAAUCCGCGAGCUCUGGAUCACCAACAGGCGCCAGCUAUCUCGGUUCUCCCAUAACCGCCCCGUCUCCCGGGAUGAAAGUUCCGGUAAUGCUGGUGGGGAAUAAAAGCGACAAGGCUAUCGAACGAGCGGUUUCUUCACAAGAAGGCUCCGCGCUGGCUAAGGAGCUUGGAUGCGAUUUCGUCGAAGCUUCAGCUAAAAACUGCAUCAAUGUUGAGAAAGCAUUUUAUGAUGUAGUUCGCCUGCUCAGGCAGCAACGGCAGCAACAAGGCGUUCGACAACCACUUAAUAGAGCGCCUGGUACUCAGCGGGGGGAGAACGGGCCAGACCACCCUGCAAGAUUCCGAAACGAUCGGCAAAGAGGACAUGGCCGCGGAAUAAAAUGCCUAAUCCUCUGAAGCAAGAAAUGGGAAGGGAAAAAAAAAAUCAAAAACAAAGGAAUCAGAAAUCCAGGAAACCAUGUCCACAAAAAGCGAUGCAUGACGGAAUUACCAAAAAAGAGAGGAAUGGUGGGAAAAAGCCGAUAGCUGGGAUUUUCUACUGCCCGUUUCAACCAUUGCUGCGUGGGUGGGUGGAUUGCGUUGAAUGCAGACGCACGUAUACUACUUUAUUUUUCCACGCUUUACGGCUAUGUUUAACCCCUUGUUUAUCUUCUACAUGCUCCAUUUAAUAUUUUGC